GCCGGGUCAGCCCCGAAGAGUUGCCCGGUGGCCGCGGCAGACGGAAGCCGAGCGAGAGGUUCGGCGGCGGCAGCAGCAUGGGAGACUCCAAAGUGAAAGUGGCGGUGCGGGUCCGGCCCAUGAACCGACGAGAAAUUGACUUGCAUACCAAAUGUGUGGUGGAUGUUGAUGCAAACAAGGUCAUCCUCAAUCCUGUAAACACAAAUCUUUCCAAAGGAGAGGCUCGGGCCCAGCCGAAGGUGUUUGCUUAUGAUCAUUGUUUCUGGUCCAUGGAUGAAUCUGUGAGAGAAAAGUAUGCAGGUCAAGAUGAUGUUUUCAAGUGCCUGGGGGAGAACAUCCUUCAGAAUGCUUUCGAUGGCUACAAUGCCUGCAUCUUUGCCUAUGGACAGACAGGGUCUGGAAAAUCUUAUACCAUGAUGGGCACAGCUGACCAACCUGGAUUAAUCCCACGACUUUGCAGUAGCCUCUUUGAACGAACCCAGAAAGAGGAGAAUGAAGAGCAGAGUUUUAAAGUAGAAGUGUCCUACAUGGAAAUUUAUAAUGAGAAAGUUAGAGAUCUCCUGGAUCCCAAAGGAAGCCGCCAAACGUUGAAAGUCAGAGAGCAUAGUGUAUUGGGACCCUAUGUGGAUGGACUUUCUAAACUGGCUGUCACAGGCUACAAGGAUAUUGAGUCUUUGAUGUCUGAGGGUAACAAAUCUCGCACAGUCGCUGCAACCAACAUGAAUGAGGAGAGCAGCCGGUCCCAUGCAGUCUUCAAAAUCACCCUCACGCAUACGCUGUACGACGUGAAGUCUGGGACAUCUGGUGAGAAAGUGGGCAAACUGAGCUUGGUGGACUUAGCCGGUAGUGAACGAGCAACAAAAACUGGAGCUGCAGGUGACAGGCUGAAGGAAGGGAGCAACAUUAACAAGUCCCUCACAACCCUCGGUCUGGUUAUCUCUGCCCUGGCAGAUCAGAGUGCUGGCAAAAACAAGAAUAAAUUUGUUCCAUAUCGUGAUUCCGUUCUCACAUGGCUGCUCAAAGACAGCCUGGGGGGCAAUAGCAAGACAGCAAUGGUGGCCACUGUGAGUCCGGCAGCCGAUAACUAUGAUGAAACGCUUUCCACACUGCGGUAUGCAGAUCGCGCCAAGCACAUUGUGAACCACGCUGUGGUGAACGAGGAUCCGAACGCACGGAUUAUCCGAGAUCUCCGGGAGGAAGUUGAGAAACUGCGAGAGCAGCUCACAAAAGCAGAGGCAAUGAAAUCUCCAGAAUUGAAAGACCGGCUGGAAGAAUCCGAGAAGCUAAUCCAGGAAAUGACUGUGACCUGGGAGGAAAAAUUAAGGAAAACCGAGGAGAUCGCACAGGAGCGACAGAAACAGCUUGAGAGUCUUGGAAUAUCUCUGCAGUCUUCAGGAAUCAAAGUUGGGGAUGAUAAAUGUUUCCUAGUUAACUUGAAUGCGGACCCUGCUCUGAAUGAACUUCUGGUCUACUAUCUAAAGGAACACACAUUGAUAGGGUCGGCAAAUUCCCAAGAUAUCCAACUGUGUGGAAUGGGCAUUCUUCCCGAACAUUGUAUUAUAGACAUUACACCAGAAGGCCAGGUUAUGCUGACUCCUCAAAAGAACACCAGAACAUGUGUGAACGGCUCUUCUGUCUCCAGUCCGAUACAGCUGCACCAUGGGGACAGGAUAUUAUGGGGAAACAACCAUUUCUUCAGACUCAAUUUGCCUAAAAAGAAAAAGAAAGCAGAGCGAGAGGAUGAGGAACAGGACGCCUCCCUGAAGAAUGACAACAGUUCGGAACAGCUGGAUGUGGAUGGAGACUCCUCCAGUGAGGUCUCCAGUGAGAUUAACUUCAAUUUUGAAUAUGCACAGAUGGAGGUCACCAUGAAGGCCUUGGGCAGUAAUGAUCCAAUGCAGUCCAUAUUAAACAGCCUGGAGCAGCAGCACGAAGAAGAAAAGCGUUCUGCCCUCGAGCGCCAGAGGCUGAUGUACGAACAGGAACUGGAGCAGCUCCGGAGAAGGCUGUCCCCCGAGAAGCAGAACUGCCGAAGCAUGGACAGGCUCUCUCUGCACUCGCCCAGCGCUCAGCAGCGCCUAAAGCAGUGGUCUGAGGAGAGAGAAGCAACCUUGAAUAAUAGCCUGAUGAGGCUGAGGGAGCAAAUUGUUAAAGCCAAUUUAUUGGUGAGAGAAGCCAGUUACAUUGCAGAGGAACUGGAUAAAAGAACAGAAUAUAAAGUUACCCUACAGAUUCCAGCCUCCAGCCUGGAUGCCAACAGGAAGCCAGGCUCUCUGCUCAGUGAGCCUGCCAUCCAGGUGAGAAGAAAAGGAAAAGGAAAGCAGAUCUGGUCUUUGGAAAAACUGGACAACCGGUUGUUGGAUAUGCGAGACCUUUAUCAGGAGUGGAAGGAAUGUGAAGAAGAUACUCCUGUAAUACGCUCUUACUUCAAGCGUGCUGAUCCGUUCUAUGAUGAGCAGGAAAAUCACAGCCUCAUCGGGGUGGCCAAUGUUUUCCUAGAGUCCCUUUUCUAUGAUGUGAAGUUACAAUACGCUGUGCCAAUUGUCAACCAGAAAGGAGAGGUGGCAGGACGGCUGCACGUAGAGGUGAUGCGGAUCAGUGGUGAAAUUGGGGAGAGAAUUGCAGGCGGUGAAGAUGCCACAGACGCAUCCUUUGAGAAGGAGGCCCAGGAGAACAAGCUGGUGUGCAUGGUUAAGAUACUUCAAGCCACUGGGCUGCCACAGCACCUGUCCCACUUUGUGUUCUGCAAAUACAGCUUCUGGGAUCAGCAGGAGCCAGUCAUGGUCGCACCUGAAGUGGACGCCUCCUCCUCUGCUGCCAGCAAGGAACCUCACUGCAUGGUUGUUUUUGAUCAUUGCAAUGAAUUUUCUGUUAACAUCACUGAAGACUUCAUUGAGCACCUUUCGGAAGGGGCGUUGGCAAUUGAAGUAUAUGGACAUAAAAUGAAUGAUCCUCGGAGAAAUCCAGCCCUGUGGGACUUGGGAAUCAUCCAAGCAAAAACACGUAGUCUUCGAGACAGAUGGAGUGAAGUCACCAGAAAAUUGGAAUUCUGGGUCCAAAUCUUAGAACAGAAUGAGAAUGGUGAAUACUGCCCUGUAGAAGUGAUUUCCGCAAGGGACGUCCCAACAGGAGGAAUCUUCCAACUCCGGCAGGGCCAGUCGCGGCGAGUGCAAGUUGAAGUGAAGUCUGUGCAGGAGUCUGGGACUUUACCACUGAUGGAAGAAUGUAUACUGUCUGUUGGCAUUGGCUGUGUGAAAGUUAGGCCGCCCAGAGCCCCUAAAGCUCACGAGACCAUCCAUGAGGAAGAGGAAGACAUGGACAGCUACCAGGAUCGCGAUUUAGAGAGACUACGUAGAAAAUGGCUAAAUGCUUUAACAAAACGUCAGGAGUACUUGGAUCAGCAACUCCAAAAGCUUGUCAGUAAACAUGAUAAAACAGAGGAUGACGCUGACCGCGAGGCACAACUCCUGGAGAUGCGGCUGACCCUCACCGAGGAGAGGAACGCCGUGAUGGUGCCCUCUGCUGGCAGUGGGAUCCCGGGGGCCCCGGCAGAAUGGACUCCAGUGCCAGGGAUGGAAACCCACAUUCCUGUUAUAUUCCUGGACUUAAACGCUGAUGAUUUCAGCUCUCAGGAUAAUCUUGAUGACCCAGAAGCUGGUGGAUGGGAUGCUACCUUGACCGGGGAAGAAGAGGAAGAGUUUUUUGAACUUCAGAUUGUAAAACAGUAUGAUGGGGAGGUGAGAGCAGAAGCCUCCUGGGACUCGGCAGUGCACAGCUGCCCCCAGCUCAGUAAGGGCACCCCUGGGGACGAGCGAGUGUUCCUGAUCGUGCGCGUGACCGUCCAGCUCAGCCAUCCUGCCGACAUGCAGCUGGUGCUACGCAAAAGGAUUUGUGUCAACGUGCACGGCCGACAGGGUUUUGCUCAGAGUCUCCUAAAAAAGAUGUCUCAUCGAAGUUCUAUUCCUGGCUGUGGAGUGACUUUUGAAAUUGUCUCCAAUAUUCCAGAGGAUGCGCAGGGAGUGGAGGAGCGAGAAGCGCUGGCCAGGAUGGCAGCUAACGUUGAAAACCCUGCCUCCGCGGACUCGGAGGCAUAUAUUGAAAAAUAUCUCAGAAGCGUGCUGGCUGUGGAGAACCUCCUGACUUUAGAUCGUCUUCGCCAGGAAGUUGCAGUCAAGGAGCAGUUAACAGGAAAAGGGAAGUUGAAUAGGAGGAGUAUUAGUUCUCCAAAUGUGAACAGACUUUCUGGAAGUCGACAAGAACUUAUUCCAUCAUACAGUCUAGGCAGCAACAAGGGCCGGUGGGAAAGUCAACAGGAUGUAUCCCAAACAGCAGUUUCCAGAGGAAUGGCUCCAGUCCCCCCAGCCCUCCCUGUGUGUCCCCCAAAUAACCAUUCCCCAGAACCAGGACUUGGUAGCUUUGCAGCCUCCUACUUGAAUCCGGUAAAAUCCUUUGUGCCGCAGAUGCCAAAGCUGCUGAAGUCUCUCUUUCCCGUCCGCGAUGAAAAGAGGGGCAAACAGCUCCCACCCCUGACACAUCAGCCCGUGCCCCGAAUCAUGGUGCAGUCUGCUCUCCCAGAUGUCCGGGCAGCCAGGACGGAGGAGGCGCACCGAGAAAGCCUGGGACCUGGCGUGUCUGCCGAGGUGACGGUGCCCACGGUGGCCCCCGCGGUCAGGAUCUGUGACAUACCUGCUAAGGGUGCCUCAUCGCCACCCGCUGCCGCCGCCAUCACCACCCAGGCCCCGGAAGGGCAGGAUGGGCCUCCCAGCCCCGUGAGCGAGGCCUCCAGCGGGUACUUCUCCCACAGCGUCUCCACCGCUACGCUGUCGGAUGCACUGGGCCUGGGCCUCGACGCUGGGAGCCCAGCCAGUGGUCACACACCAGGCUCCCCGCCCAUGCCCCUCUGUGCCGCCAGCCUGGAGCCCGAGCUCACACCACUCCCGGAUGCUCCCUGUGACCCCCAGUUGCGGCCAGGCGCCGCGGGGCCCAGUGCGCAGCCCCGCUCGGGAGCCGCCCCUGACCCUCCGGCCAGCCAGCAGCCAGCAAGACGCGAGGCCCAGGCCGAGGCCGCCCCCAGCUGUGAGCUCCAGGCCGCCAGACCUCAGCUACCUCCUGACCUCGCGCCCCAGGCGCCCUCCUCCCCCUUCCGAAUCCACAAGGUGCGGACCUCAGAGCUGAAGUCCUUCACGCGCAUGCUUGGCGGCGACUCCGGGGGCUCCUCCAGUGCCGAGGAGGACCCGCUGGCUGCGGGAGCAGCGGGGGCAGUGGCACAGGCCCUUGCCAAGCCGGACGUGGCCUCCGAUUCUGAGGACGCCAGUGAAGUCCCUGAGUGGCUCAGGGAGGGAGAGUAUGUCACUGUGGGCACCAACAAAAUGGGCGUCGUGCGGUACGUUGGGCCAACCGACUUCCAGGAGGGCACGUGGAUUGGUGUGGAGCUGGACCUGCCGUCAGGAAAGAACGAUGGCUCCAUUGGAGGGAAGCAGUACUUCAAGUGCAACCCUGGCUACGGUCUGCUGGUGAGGCCCAGCCGGGUCCGCAGGGUCCCAAGCACCGGGCGGCGGCGCAGUGCAGGGCUCCGGCCGCAGGGUGCCCCCGAGACCCGCCGAAGCGCCACCCUCUCGGGCUCUGCCACCAACCUGGCCUCUCUGACGGCGGCCUUGGCCAAGGCCGACAGGAGCCACAAGAACCCCGAGAACCGGAAAUCCUGGGCUAGCUGAGCUGUGGCCUCCCUGUGAACAGGAGCUGGGGAGCCGGCCCCUGGAGCCCUUGUGGUGAUGGCCCGCUGGGGAGGUGGGGGCUGGCUGGGGCCGCAGGG